CCGGCGGCCGCGGCCAGCCCGGUCCCCCCGGCCGCCCCCGGCAUGAGCCCCGCCUUGCCCUGCGGGGGGACAGCGCUGCCUCUCUGGGGCUGAGGGCACCCCAGAACAAGCCCUGGGUUUGCAGGACAAGGUGACCGAGGAACCCCACAGGUGCGGGGCGGACCGGAGCAUCAUGGCACAUCCCAUCUCAGCCUUCCAGGCUGCCUACAUCUCCAUCGAAGUGCUCAUCGCUUUGGUGUCCGUGCCAGGCAAUAUCCUGGUCAUCUGGGCCGUGAAGAUGAACCAGGCACUGAGGGAUGCCACCUUCUGCUUCAUCGUCUCGCUGGCAGUGGCCGACGUGGCCGUGGGGGCUCUGGUCAUCCCCCUGGCCAUCAUCAUCAACAUCGGACCCCAGAUGGAGUUUUACACCUGCCUGAUGGUGGCCUGUCCUGUCCUCAUCCUCACGGAGAGCUCCAUCCUGGCGCUCCUGGCCAUCGCCGUGGAUCGGUACCUGCGGGUGAAGAUCCCUGUCAGGUAUAAGAGCGUGGUGACACCACGGCGGGCAGCCGUGGCCAUCGCCUGCUGUUGGAUAGUCUCUUUCUUGGUGGGACUUACUCCUAUGUUUGGCUGGAACAACCUCAAUAAGAUGGGGAGGACUCAGGAGCUGAAUGGCAGCCACACGGAGUUCGUCAUCACAUGCCAGUUUGAGACAGUCAUCAGCAUGGAGUACAUGGUGUACUUCAACUUCUUCGUCUGGGUCCUGCCUCCCCUGCUGCUGAUGUUACUCAUCUACCUGGAGGUCUUCAACCUCAUCCGCAAGCAGCUCAACAAGAAGGUGUCCUCCAGCUCCAACGACCCCCAGAAGUACUACGGGAAGGAGCUGAAGAUCGCCAAGUCCUUGGCGCUGGUUCUCUUCCUGUUUGCGCUCAGCUGGCUGCCUCUGCACAUCCUCAACUGCAUCACCCUGUUCUGUCCAUCCUGCCAGACCCCACACAUCCUCACUUACAUCGCCAUCUUCCUCACCCAUGGCAACUCAGCCAUGAACCCCAUUGUCUACGCCUUCCGCAUCAAGAAGUUCCGGACAGCCUUUCUGCAGAUCUGGAACCAGUACUUCUGCUGCAAAACCAACAAAAACGCCACCAGCGCCACCACAGCCGAGGCAGGCAACUAGGAACUGGGACAGGGCAGAGUGGGCGUCUGUGCCCACCCAAUCCCCACACGGACGCUGUUCCUGCUGUCUGAGGAAGGGGUAGCAAGGACUCGAUGAGUUCUGGAUUCAGCAGCCCCCUGCAGUCCCCACAGCCACCCUGGGAGGUUAUUUAUUCACAAGCAUUGUACUGUUUGGAUAUUGUAGCCUGCACUGUUCCUUUCUGGUUUAGGACUUUUUUUCUCCCUGUUUGUUUUUGUUUUUCAUUUUUUUUAAGCGUUGCCAAGUAUUUAAGGAGAAAUUGUACAGACAAAUGCACAGUUUAUCUUCAUGCAAAUAAAGUCCAG